AAUGAGAGGUUGCCCUAAUUUAUGAGUUUUGAUUUCAUUCUCCUUCCUCUUUAAUCCUUCACUUCACCUCCUCAGCUCUGAUUCCUAAUACCUCCACUGCACCGCCAGCCACUCUCCGGUACUAGAUUUUCCGUCCUCACUGAGCGGCGACACUCCCUUUCAAUUAGCGGACACCAUAUUGUGACGCUCCCGUUCUCCCCUCAACAUCUCACCCGCCCUCGUCUCUCACCGUCGCAGGAGGGUGGGGGUGGAGAUUUAUGCCUUCUAUCGUCCAGCCUUUCGUGUUGAUGGGGUGGAACUCAGCGAAAUUUCAUAAUGCAAUCUACUGAAGUUCCCGUUUCCAUGGAAGUGGAAACAGUUUCAAGUAAAACGGUAACUGAAGUUGGGACCAUGCCACCAAAACCACAGUUUGAACCUCUAAAGCCUCAUGAGAUGAAUGAUGGCCGAGUUCAGUUCCGAAAGGUAUCUGUUCCUCCACAUCGAUAUUCUCCUCUCAAGAAAGCAUGGAUGGAGAUCUACACCCCAAUAUAUGAUCAGAUGAAAAUUGACAUCCGUAUGAACCUCAAGGCUCGUAAAGUUGAACUAAAAACAAGAGCAGAAACACCCGACAUUAGUAACUUGCAAAAGUGCGCAGAUUUUGUUCACGCCUUCAUGCUUGGUUUUGAUGUAAUCGAUGCCAUUGCACUCUUACGAGUGGAUGAACUCUAUGUAGAAUCUUUUGAGAUCAAAGAUGUUAAGACGCUUCGAGGUGAGCACUUGUCCCGUGCCAUUGGCAGAUUGUCUGGUAAAGCUGGUAAAACGAAGUUUGCCAUUGAAAAUGCUACAAAGACAAGGAUAGUUAUUGCAGACACCAAGAUUCACAUAUUAGGAUCCUUUGCCAACAUAAAAAUUGCUAGAGAUUCUCUUUGCAGCCUCAUUUUAGGUUCUCCGGCUGGAAAAGUUUAUUCAAAACUAAGAGCAGUUACGGCCAGAUUGGCAGAAAGGUUUUGAUCUUUUAUGAUUUUUGCGUAUAAGUUAUUUGAGGAAUAGUGUAACUUUAUUUAAAUGCUUGUGCAUUAAAGUUUUGUCCUAGAUACCGAUUAUUAAUCUAUACACACGACACUAAAUGAGUAUAAGGUGAUUGGUAUUUA